CUGGUCGACAAGCACUAGCCGCCGCGGUUCGCGGUCCAAAAUCUGAAAGUAGGAGAACAAACACUUAAACAGGUAGAAUGUCCACUUGUUUUGAACACGGCAGAGAGCGCGAGUUAGUUUAUUUCCGCGACAAAUGUGUAGGUAAUCCAGCGAGGGCAGGUGACAAAUGCAACUUUGAACGCGAAUAAAAUGUUGUGGGGUAGCUGAAUUUUGUGUUUCGAUCGAUUUUUUGGCUCAAAGUGUUGUGAAAAUAAUCUUGUACAAAUAUUAUAAAAAAUAGAUUUAAAUUGAUAUAAAAAAUGGGAGAAAAUUGUUGUUUGAUUGUUUCCGUUGCAAUAAUUUUCUCAUUAGUGAUCUCGAGUAUCUCUAGUCAAGGGUAUUACAAUGUUGUGGGGCCGAGGGUCAUCAGGCCUAACAGCGAAUACCAUUGUGCCGUCAGCGUACAGGCCACUUCGGAACCAACAACCGUGACUGCACUCCUGCAGGGUAUUUCGUUCAAUGGUACGCCCUUCUUCACUCAAGAUCAAGUCGUUAUACAACCGUACGGCUCCAGGUUAUGCUCGUUGCAAGUGGGCGACUUGGAAGAUGGAGAAUACGAAUUGGAAGUUCGUGGAACUGGUGGAAUGGACUUUACUGCUGGUUAUCCGUUACAGUUCGUUCAAAAAUCCUAUACAGUGUUCGUACAGACUGACAGACAGAUUUAUAGACCCGGAGGCAAUAUCCUAUUUAGAGCGAUUGUACUUAACUCUCAGCUGAAACCAGCAGCAGAAGUUAGAAAUGAACUUCUCAAUAUCUUUGUUACGGAUGGUUCUGGAAAUAGAGUAAAAGACUGGAAACGAGUGGAUGUAAUCAGAGGAGUCUUCACUGGCGAAUUAAAACUUAGCGACAAACCGGUUUUAGGGAACUGGAAUAUAUCCGUCACUAUCCAUGGUCAAACGUACCAUAAAACCAUUGAAGUUGCUGAAUACAUCCUACCCAAAUUCAUUGUCAAUAUUGAUUCUCCUAAGCAUAUCACUUUCAAACAAAAUACCAUUCGAGCCAAAAUUGAUACCAGGUACAAUUAUGGAGACAAAGUAAAAGGAGAAGCUACAGUGACAGUUUUUCCAACUAUUUAUUCAGGCGUAAUUCAACCGAUCUUCCAAAAUCCAGUAAGAAAAGUAUUCGAUAUCGACGGAUCUGCUACGGUAGAAUUUGAUAUCGAAAGAGAUCUUGAACUCAACGACGAAUAUGAAAGAAUUGUCAUUAUUGAUGUAGCUGUAGAAGAACACCUUACUGGUCGUAGACAAAAUAAUAGUAUGGAAGUCCACAUACAUAAAUAUGAUUACCACAUGGAUCUUAUUAAAUCUGCUGAUUAUUUUAAACCUGGUCUUAAAUAUACGGCUUACGUUCAAGUGACAAACAAUGAUGGUACACCAAUAGAAACUAACAACAGAGAAGUUAUCGUAAGACACGGAUACUCUAGAGCUGGUGAAGUCUACGAAGAUAAGAGGUAUGAACUAAACCAAAACGGUUUUCUGAAAUUGGAAUAUUUAACACCAAGGAAUGUUACAAAUGGAACUGCCUUAAGACUCGAGGUUGAAUUUAGAGAUUUAAAAGAAAGAAGUACCCCAAUUCCAGCGGCUGUGUCUUUCAGCGACAACUUUAUUCAAGCUACAUUAGAAACGGAACGUCCCAUUGUUAACCUGGAUGUAGAUAUAGUGGUAAACAGUACGCAACCAAUGAGAUCAGUGAAUUAUAUUUUAAUGGGACGCGGUGACGUUUUGAUAACAAACACUUUCCAAGUGGAAAACAAAAAACAAUUCAAAUUCCAUUUUACCGCUACACACGCUAUGGUGCCAGUCUGUCAUUUGAUUGUUUACUACGUCAGGCCUGAUGGUGAAUUGAUUGGGGAUGCUCUAGAUAUAGAGGUCGAUGGUUUACUGCAAAAUUUCGUUGAUGUACAAGUUAACACUGUAGAGAGCGAACCCGAACUUGAUGUAGAAUUUAUCGUUAGAGCACAACAAAAUUCUUACAUUGGCCUACUAGCUGUAGAUGAAAAUGUUGGCCGUCUCAAGGCUGGUUACGAUUUAUCCUUGGACCAUAUCGCUGAAGAACUGAAAAGAUAUGAUCCUGGUCACGGUACGCCGUAUCCUCAUUUUACGAAGACUAAAUCGAAAUUGUCUUGGUAUCCUGGUUCUAGCAAUCCACAUACCGCCAUUUUUGAAUCUGGAGCAGAUAUAGCAACCAACACACAUAUUAAUAGAAUGAAGCCAACACUGGAAGACAUCUAUCUUCGUCCAGUAUUUUAUGGAUCCUCAACCAUCAAGCCUGAUCGAGGUCUAGUUUUACCCAUACAUACAGUCACAAGACCACCACUAGCAGGCCCUUAUGCAUUUAGUAGAAUACCACGACCGGUUUGGAACAAACCUAAAGUGUAUCUUUCAGAAGACAUUGCGGAUACUUGGUUGUUCAACAACUUCUCCACCUAUGAAGGAAAGAGUUCAAUACGAAGGCGUUUACCAAAGUCUCUUACAACGUGGUCAAUAACGGGCUUUUCUUUGGACCCACUGCACGGUUUGGGAAUUUCUACUGCAGCCAAAUUGCUGAAAGUCACCAAAUCUAUGGUGAUAAUGUUGGAUCUACCUUAUUCUAUACAAAGAAAUGAAAUACUAAAUAUUCCCAUCGUUAUUCAAAACAAUUUAAAUGAAGAUGUCACCGCAGAAGUUACUGUGCACAAUAUAGAAAACAAAUUUGAAUUUGUAGCUUCAACUGAGGAUAACAAUGUGAAAAGAGUGGAACUUUAUCGAAGAAAGAGAGUAAAAAUUGGUAAAAAUAGCGAAUCUACUGUUUCAUUUUUAAUUAUUGGUAGUAAAAUUGGAUCAAUUCCGAUAAAAGUUACUGCAAGUAGCCCUAAUAAUCAAGACGUAAUCGAAAAAGAACUACUAGUUGUGCCCGGGGGAGAACUAGAAUAUUACACCAAAUCCGUCCUCAUUGAUGUCCGAAACAAUCCAAACUUCAAAAAAUCCAUAAACUUCACAAUUCCGAAGAAUGCCGUUACAGGAUCCGAAAAAAUCGAGGUGUCUGCAGUUGGAUCGUUUUUAGGAGCUGCAAUGAUACAUUUGGAUAACGUUAUAAGACUUCCAACAGAUUGUGGAGAACAAAACUUAGUUCACUUGAUGUCCAACUUGAUAAUAUUGCAAUAUUUGAGAGCCACUAGUCAAUUGACACCAACUAUUCAGAACGAGGCGGUACUCAAUUUGGAAACCAGUUAUCAAAAGCAGUUGAGUUAUAAAAGAAAAGAUGGAUCGUUCAGUCCGUUUGAAUGGAAAGACUCUACUGGUAGUGUUUGGUUAACAGCGUAUGUUGUCAUGGCUCUCAGACAAGCGAAAGCAUUUAUUUAUGUAGAUGAAGAGGUGAUAGACAAUGCUUUGAAUUGGUUAACUAAUGUUCAAGGAAAAAAUGGCAGCUUUUAUGAAACCGGUAAUAUUAUCCAUUCAGAACUACAGAACAACAAUGGUAACAGUUUAGCGUUGACAGCUUUUAUCGUUAUGGCUCUACAAGAAUCCAACCAGCGUAACGAUCCGACCAUUACCAACGUAAUCAACAAAGGUUUGGAUUAUAUAGCCAGAAAUAUAGACGAAAGCGAAUCAACAUUCGCCUUAGCGUUAUGCAGCUACGCACUUCAAAUAACAGGACACGCGUCCAGACAAAGCGCUUUCAAUCUUCUAGACACUCGAGCGAAAUCGAAGGACAACAUGAAAUGGUGGGCCAAAGAUACCCCUAUCAACGAAAUAAAAAAUCCUUGGCAUGACUUACCGAGAUCCAUCGAUAUAGAAGCAACUUCUUACGCGUUAAUGACGUUCGUAGAAGCGAAUUUAUUAGACGACGCUGUGCCCGUAUUGGAAUGGUUGUUAAAUCAGCAGAAUAAUCUUGGGGGAUUUACAUCAUCACAUGAUACAAUUGUAGGAUUACAAGCUCUGUAUAAAAUAGUAACUAAAUUAGCACGACCGACCAAUAUCCAGAUUGAGUUCCAGUAUGGAAAGGAGGGCAAUGGAAAGUUUAGUGUGAAUAGAAAUAAUUUGAUGAUACAGCAGUCUAUGGAGAUCGGCAAAGCCGUUAGAGAAGUUAAUGUUACGGCACAAGGAAGUGGACUGGCAAUGUUUAAAGUUUCUUAUCAAUACAACAGCAACGUGACAGCGCCUUGGCCAAUGUUCACUUUGGAUCCUCAAGUUGACAAAAAUUCCAAUAGCAAUCAUCUUCAAAUAUCUAUUUGUAUUGCGUUUGUGAGCCAGAAUUUAACGGAUACAGAAAUCAGUAAUAUGGCCGUCAUGGAGGUGAAUUUACCAUCAGGAUUUACAGCUGAUGUAGAUGCCUUACCGAGCUUGGAGCUUUCAGAAAACGUACAAAAAGUGGAAACCAGGAACAAAUUAACUAAAGUACUAUUGUACUUCAACAAUCUAACAAGAAUCGAGUACUGCCCAACAAUAUCCGCUUACAGAACAUACAAAGUGGCAAAACAGAGACCAGUUCCGGUGGUGCUAUAUGAUUAUUACGACAGUGCACGACGAGCUAGAGUUUUCUACAGGGGUACCACGACUCAUCUUUGCGAUUUAUGCGAGGACACGGAUUGCGAAAGUAUAUGCAAAGCUGAAGCAAAAGCCAGAGAAGGAAGAGAAAGGCAUAUUGGAGAUGAAAGCGGUAAAGGAGAUGGGGGUGGUGCAGCAGUUGUUCAGAUAUAUUUCAUUCCUUAUAUCAUAGUAGUUGCUAUCUUUGUGAAUAAUUGGUAGUUUUACCCAAGAUCGCAUUCAUUGUAUGUAUAGUCGAAUAAAGAAAUAAUAGGCAGUAAUGGAAGGUGUGAAAAAUGCUGUCAUUUGUCAUUGACACAACAAUUAUGUAAACAUUGUUUGGUAUAUUAUAGUUUGUAUUAUGAAAGGAAUUCUUCUUUAAAAAUAUUGAAUAUGGAAACUCUGUCAGCUUUCCUCGCACAUUCUUGACUUUCAAAGGGGCUAGCAAAUUUAAGUGAUUUAUUUCUAUAUCAGUGAAUGCGAUAAUUUAUAACAAACAUUAUAUGGUCUGAUCCACAAUGUUUCUAAAUAAGGUCAUGGAGAAACCACGCAUAUCUAUGGAGCCUAGCUCCAAGUCAAGCGCAUAUUAAAGAAUACAAUUCUUUUUUAAAUAAGUUUGGAUUUAAUUCUUUAAUUUCACGGACGGCCUAAUUUAGAAACAUUUUUUGUGGUUCACUCGUUAUUAUAAAUGCCAGAAGUCUUGGUUGGUUCUUUUUAAAUAGGUACAGCACAAAACAGGAAACCUAUGUUUUUUAUUUUUGUGGAUUAUUAGACUGUCCUUGUAGAAAUAGAAAUUAGAUUCCUAAAAGCCAUAACAAUGAAACAAAUGCUGUGAUUUUAUUAAAUUCUAUUUAGAUAUUUUUAGCUUAAUGUAUGUUUACAUCAUUAAAAAGAUACUUGUUUUAACUAUGAUACUUAUUUGUUGAUUUAGAGUUACCUGUAACUACCUUUUUAUACAUAUAAGUUUGUAAUACAAUAUCAUCUUAUAUUAACAUAGAUAACUCAGGUAAUUAAUAAUAUAAGUUAUUAAUCAUAUAUACAGAAUAAUAAAGUUUAGAUUUUUAUAAAUGAAAUAUAUUUUGUUAGGUUCUUCAAAAUAAUAUUUUAAAAUUAGUACCUUAAUAAGACUAAUGCAAUUAGUGAAG